AUGGAACAAAUCACAUAUGGUGCAAGCAGCGGUAUCUUUAAGAUCGAAAAACCUACUAUUCUCAAGUGCCCUUUCCCCGGCUUUGAAGAUGACCUGCGCUGUGAACAACGAGCCUAUGAGCUGCUGGGUCGACAUCCACGGAUAGCCCACUACUACGGUCGCUUUAACAACGUCGGGUGCGAGCUGGAAUACUACCGGAACGGCUGCAUCGACAAGAUAAUGACAACAAUGCACGGAGAACUACCAUAUCUCAAAUGGGCGGAACAGAUCGCUGAAGCGCUGGUCUUCAUGCACAGCAAGGGCAUCAUCCACUGUGACCUGCGAACACCUAAUAUCCUUGUUACCGAUACCUUCGACAUCGCCCCCGCCGACUUUGCCUCGUGCUGUAUAGAUGGGGUGAAGGUGUCUACAGUGACAAACAUAGCUAGAUACCGCCCGCCCAGCUGGGAGAAUUAUAAAGAAUAUAAAGUUUCCCUUCAGAAUGACUUCUUUGUGUUUGGCAGUGUGGUUUAUUUUUUGAUUACACAUGAAGCACCCUAUAAAGAUUUAGAAGAUCAUGAAGCUAUUAAGCUUUAUACGGUGGGGAAAUUUCCCGAUGUUUCUAGGUGGCCAUUAGGUCGUCCCGCAGCUCAUAAAUUUCGGCGACUGGCUGCUGUGGCGCCGGCUCAGCUAUCACCUCUAUCCAUCUUUCCCGGCCGUGCUUAUGGUGAACUACAGAAUGAAACAACGCAAGAGUGCGCUGAAAUCCGAACAAUGGCUGGUCUUUCACUAGGUGAAUUUCAAGAGAACGACCUUCCAAACCAAUGGAGCCAUCAGGAAUCACAAAGCAAAAGGACGACAAGUCUUAAUCAAAUGAGGGAGACGCGUAUAGCUGAACCCGCCGCUGUCACGAUGGCAUUUGCAGCCCCAGAGGGCGUGACAUAA